AUUCUCAAUCGGUAUUCGCUAUGUUCCUGUGUACAAAUUUAGUGAGGUGAUAACAUCCGGAAGUGAAGAACACAAGUGCAAAAUAGAUUUGCGAAUUUAUAAAUUUUCGAAAUAAAAUGUCGGGCACACCGGACCUCAUCGUGAAGUGGGGAAAUGAGGAGUACGUGAUUAAGGACAUUUUUACUGAUACAACGAUUGCUGAAUUGAAGGCAAGAAUUUAUGAGGAUACGGGGGUUCGUCCUGAUCGUCAGAGGCUCCUGAAUCUCAGGUUGAAAGGAAAAAUCCCAGACGAUGAGCAAACGAUUGGAUCAGUCGGUCUCAAGCCAGGAGUCAAACUCCUCCUGAUGGGCUCCAGAGAGGAGGACAUCGCCGAAGCAAGUAGCCCCCCCGAGAACAUGGGAGAGGUGAUAAAUGAUCUGGAUAAUGAUCCAGAGGGUGAAGAAAUUGUGGUGGAAAAUGCAGAAAUUUAUCUAGCAAAGAUCCACAAGCGAAUCCAGAACUACAAGAUAAACGAGUUGAAUCCUCUUCGUGAAAACAAAAAGCUCCUCGUCCUGGACAUCGACUACACCCUCUUCGAUCACCGCUCAGUGGCAUCUAGUGGGUAUGAGUUGAUGAGGCCAUAUCUCCACGAAUUUCUCACUCGAGUCUACCAUCACUAUGACAUCGUCAUCUGGUCAGCCACCAGCAUGAAGUGGAUCAAUGAGAAGAUGAAACUCCUUGGAGUCACUGAUAAUCCUGACUACAAGAUAGCUUUUCACUUGGAUUACCUGGCCAUGAUAUCAGUCUGCACACCCAAAUACGGCCUCGUUGAUGUCAAGCCUCUGGGUGUCAUAUGGGGUAAGUAUCCAGCGUAUUCAGCCAAGAACACGAUAAUGUUCGAUGACAUCAGGAGAAAUUUCCUGAUGAAUCCCAAGUCAGGACUGAGGAUCAAGCCCUUCAGGCAGGCUCACGUCAAUCGAAGCAAAGACAGGGAGCUCCUGAAGCUCGCUGAGUACCUGGAGCUUGUUGCCGAUGUCCAGGACUUCCAGACACUCAAUCACAGGAAGUGGGAGGAGUACAAGGGGAAGAAACACCGCAGGAGGAGCCACAGACCGAACGAUGAGUUCUGUGGAUAGAUUUGAGUCCUUUGCUUCCUCUCACCGAUUCCACAAGCAUUGAGAUGCUAGGUGAAAUUUAUUUCUUCAAGGAACUGUCAUUUUGGAUCGAUAAAGUAUUUGUCAAAUUUGUUAGAAAUUAUAGGUUAUGAAUGUUUCUAGGAUUAUAAUUCCCAUUGAAUGGGGUAACGCAAAGCUGGAAAAGACUGAAUUCGUCUCAUAAUUUAGUGUUCUAACUGGAGUGUGAUCAGGGAAUAUCGUCUGCUUUGUAAUUAAAAUCGUCUUUGAUAACCACUCCGCUGCUAAUUGGUUGUUAAAUAGCUGAUUUUUGCACAACAAUUGAAGUUCGUCAAAAUAAUUAGUAAUAAAACGAAGUUAUUGGGACUUUGAUUUACUUUGAUUCAUUCGUACUUUGAGAUAUUUGAUUUAUAUGAGUUUUCCAUUGUCUGCGUAUGAAAAAAUGUUUAUGAUUUUUAUUUUUAAUGACAUAAAGUGCAUUAUAAUUGUCCAUUGCAAAGUAAACGUGAAAAUUAUUAAAAAAUAUGUUUUUUUGUA